AUGCCUACAAUCCGCUCGAAUCUCAGCAUCCCUCUAACCCAUCUGAAUCGAAUCGACGAUGUCCGUAUGGAGACGGACGACGUUGAGAAGAGAAGUGAGACGACGUUCCGCCCACUAUGCGUGAAAUGUGGUGUUUUUGGAGCACAAGAUGGAUCAGGAUAUGCCGAAUUUGGAAACACUAGAGUCUUGGCACAAAUGUAUGAAAAAGAACAUCUCACUUCAGUUAACAAUUUCAUUUUCGUCAAUAAAUAUCCUGGAAAAGUGAUUGAUAUCGAAGUGACCGUUCUCUCGGACGAUCGAGGUGUUCUGUCAACAGCUCUCACCGCUGUCACUCUCGGUUUGGCUCAUUCUGGAAUAGAACAUAUGGGACUGACAGCUAGCGCUCAUGUGGCAUUAAGAUCAAACGGCGAUUAUAUCACCGACCCAAGCACAUCUGAAGCAGAGGACGCCAUCGGCGGAGUGACUUUCGCGUUCGUCCCAAAUCUCGGGCAAACAACAUGUGUAAAUCUAUACGGACGGAUUCCUCUGAAAGCCACGUCACCACUUUUGGAAUUCGCGAGACAACGAGCGAUUGCACUGGUUCCGGCGAUUCACAAAGCGGUGGUGAACAGUGUAAAGGAGAGGGAAUAA